GUUUGGGCCAGGUGUCGCCCCUCUUCAGUGCGCUAAAGGAAGCCAGCGACUGUGGCAACGCCUUUGCCUGGGAGCCAUUUCUCGAUGCCUGUCAACGAGGGUUGCUCAAGGAGUGGGUGAAGGUGGCCAUCAACUCCCUUCCUCGUGAGCACAGCCAGGGACAGGUCUUCGUCGCAAGCCGACAAUGGCAGGUGGUUCCGCCAGGGGCAGCUUGCCCAGCCGGUCUAGAAUUUCGAAUGGACAUGGCCAGCGGCCACACCAUGGCUCGCCUGCCCCAGAAGGCGACCAGCUGA